CUUCGGAAUUGGAAGAGGUAUUUUAAUUGUAGUCAUGUUCUAUGGUGCGGUGGUAUGGGACCCUUGGCUUAUUGUAGCUCAAAUUGUUUGCCUUCAAUGUUUAUACUACCUUAGUCUUGGAGUCUUCUUGUCCUUUCUUGUGGGCACUCGGGUUUCUCGAAUGAGUUUGGUCUAUUUCUUUGACUUUGCUACUGUUACUACCUCUACUGUUACUGGCUGGUGUGUUAUUGCUUCAUUCCUGCUCAGCUCAAUUGCAGGAGCUGGGUACAUGCUUUAUGUGAUUGAAAGGGCAAAAAAGUGCUUGGAUUUUUCAGCCACCCUCUAUAUUAUUCAUCUUUUUAUAUGCAUCGUAUAUGGAGGUUGGCCUUCCUCAGUAACAUGGUGGGUUGUGAAUGGUAUUGGAGUUGCAGUGAUGGCUUUGCUAGGUGAAUAUCUAUGCAUUAGACGGGAACUGAGAGAGAUUCCCAUAACACGAUACCGAUCAAAUGUUUGACUGACGAAGAAUCAGGUUGAAAGAAAUUUCUUGUGGGAUUAAAAUUCUUUGUUUUCCACUGCUUUGGAGGAGCUGAAAGGCUUAAAUUUUUAGAUGCCAAAUCUAAUUUUCAAUGAGAAAGAACUAGCUUAAGUUAUGGAAUAUAUUUCAGUGCUUUUGGAGAUUGUAGUGAAGUGCUUCUGAGAUGAUAGAGAGCAGCCAUAAAAGUUUGGGAUAGUGGUGCCUAAGUGAUGUGAAGCUGGAGCACAUAAGGCUAGGUAUGCAUUUGUAUGAGGAAAAUCCAAAUGUACAACUAUAGGUGACUUUGAGAAAGAUUAUACAUUGCGUCUGAUAGUGGUUUCUGAUUU